AUGUGUCAGUAUAAGAAGGAAAACAUUACCUUAGGGGAGAAGUUGGAGACAUUUGUACUCAUUGCUUUGACAGCUGGAAGUCAAGAGAUGAACAGGAAAGAAAACCACGGAAAUUCAAGGAAGAAAAUAAGAAUUAAUGAGCUAACAAUCCAAAAGUCUAAACUUGGUGAUACACCUUAUAAAGAACAGAAAUACAAAAAUGUGCUACGAAAGAAUCAGUCAUCCCAUGUAUCAGUAAAAGAAAUGCAGAAAUAUGAAAUAUUCUCUGCACUCUUGAAAGAAGAGAGAACAGAAGAUUACCCUCAAGGAAAUAUAAUUCAACAACAUAUAAUUGCUCCAGAACCAAUUUCCCAUGAGAAGAAAGAGAAAUCGAAGAGGGAAGAGGAACAAAUUCAUGUUUGUCCAGGAGACAGGAAAGGCCGACACUUUUUAUAUAAUAGAACAGAACCACAGGAUGAUGAGGUGACAAGAUUUCUUACUCAGCUAAGAGAAAAGCUUGGAUGGCCAACUGUAUUAUGGAACCAGAGUCUGAAAUAUAAUUGUCCUGGGGUUUUGGUUCAGAAUGAUCUAAAGGCACCUUUGAAAGAUGAUUGUGUAUUUGUGUAUUGCCUUCCCGGACUUAGUAAUAAAGGCUUUUGCAAUCCGUAUGAUCUUCGGAUAGUCUCUGCCCAUACAGCUAGGAAAUGCAAAGAAUUUUGGACUGUCUCUGCUUCAUUUAUUUCAAAGGUAAUUACUAAAACAGGCGUCAACAUGGAAGACGUGGAGCUCGUACCCGCUUUAGAAUGGCUAUCAGAGAGACAGCAGUACUAUCUCUUGCAGCAGUUUAAAAUAUUUUCCAAUUUCCGAAUUAAUAAGGCUUUUGUUACCUGGAAAGUGAAUGUUAGGAGAAUUAAGACAGAGACGAGCAAGAUAUUUUUGUAUAAACAUCUCUUUUUCGCUGAUGAGUUUUUCCAAGACUGUUUACUACAUAUAAAGGGACUUUGUGAAGAUGCAAUGAAUUUCAAUAAUAAUAAAAAACGUAAGGAUAAGCCACCUGUGGUGUGUUUUGUGAAGCUGGAUCGUUCUCAAACAUACUCUCUUGAUGAAUUUUAUGAAGAGCAGUUGCAGCAAGGUGUGCGGGCUCUGAAACAACUGGAGGUCAUCAAGGAUAAAUCCAUUUUAAAGAUAAGAAGCACAAUCUUAAAGGUUUCAGAGAAGGAAGACAUAAAAGAAUAUUUUGAGGAAAAGCUGUCUACUCCUGACACAUCACAUUUCAAGCUGCCUAAGCUUCGGCGCUUAUUAGAAACAAACCGGAGGUUUUUGGUCCUGGUUGACUACAUAUUUCAGGAGCUCAUUCGUCAGCUUACGAACAUUGCAGUCACUCAACUUUUGGAAUUAUUCAGUAAUUCUGAUAGAGUGCCUUUCUCAGUGGAAAAAAAGAAUGAAAAUCUCAUCAGAACAUUGAAAGAUGACUUUUAUUCCUCCACAAUAAAGAUGACAAAUAGUGAAGAACUCUUUGACUCAAAUUCUGUUCAAGAAUUAGGAGUGAAGGUAGAUACUGAUAUUAACAAGAUUGUGAGUAGCAGUAAAGUAGAGAAGGAUUUGAGAAAGAUGUGUGCACCAGUAUUUGAAGUAAAUCUGUGCUUGAGAAUUCCUGAGAGUGAUUCUUCAGAAAAUAUUGCAGAGAAUGUUGAUGGAUUUGACCACUGUAUGGUAUGUGAAGACGAUGAAAUGUCAGAAGAAGGAGAAAAUGUAGUCAAAAGUUGUUCAAGUGCAGACCUGCUCCUAGAAGCCAAUAAACUUAAAACACUUGAUGCCAGCCUUGAACCUGCUCCUUCAGACACCGAUGUCACAACAGCAUAUGAGAAUAAACACAUGUAUGAAGUUCCAGAAUUUCCUACAAAUCUCUUUAUACAGCCUAACCGAUUGGAGUUUUCAAUAAAAAUUCAAAAUUUGAUAGCUAAUAUUGAAAAUUGUAUAACUUCAAUUACCCCUUUUCACCAAGAUCCUCGCCUGUCUAACUUUAUUGACAUAAGUUCAAUUACGGAAUCACCUAACGUCAAAAGUACUAUGAACUUAAAGGAGACCAGCUGGCCAGAUUCUCAGAUUCUUUUUGAAACAGAUCCUGUCUAUCAAAAUAAAAUUGUGAGUCUCCUGACUAUUAUCGGUAAUUCAAUGGGCCUAGUUAGCAUUUACAGCUUCAAGUUUCUAAAAUUUUGCACCAUGGUAGAGAAGGCCAAAAUCAUGAAUAUGAAAAUAUCAUCUGUUAGACAUUUAAAUUCUACAGAGUUUAAAAUUGUACUGCGUAAAUUCAGAACCUACUUUCGACAUAUUGUAACUAUGGCUAUUGAAAAACGCAUUGGUAUUUUCAACGUUGUUAGUUUGAAUUUUCAGUCAGAAUGCUUACCAUAUGUUGACAAUGUCAUACACACAAGCAGUAACCUCUUAAGAUCUGUUAUUGAGAAAAAGAAUGCAAAUCUCUUGGAAGUUGUGGAAUCAUCAUUACAAAAGCUAGACCGAGAUCCCACCGAAAUAGAAGAAUUUGUGGACCACUUCACUUUCUUGGAGGAAAUGUCCUUAGAAAUAUCUAAAUUAGAAAAAGAGUACUUGACAAUUUCUCAGCUAUAUUCUGUUGUGAAGUAUCACCAAAUUGAUAUUACAGAAGAACAAAAAGCCCUAUCUAAACUUCUUUCUAUGAAGUUUGCCCAACUGAAAACAUCUCUGAAGCUGAGUGCAACAAACAGAUACUCAACAGUCAACAAGUUCAGGAACAACUUGGAAGCGUACAUCACUGGCUUACGGGUGGAUGUUAGUGAUUUAAAAGCUAAAAUAAGGACCCCGGUGCUGCUGUGCGCGCGCACCCGGGCGGCCACGGCGAUGGAGAUGAUCCAGGGCCUCGCGGAGGAGGCCGCGGGCCUGGCCCACAAGGCCCAGCUGUACUCGAGCUACCAGGACCACUUCGACGACGGCCAGUCGCACAUGCUCUGUCUGAACGUGGAGGAGAUUGCCCGCAUCGUGCUCUCGGAGGUGGCGGACAUCGAGUGGGACCUGACGCUGAGGCGAAUCCUGUGGGAGUCGCACGAAGAGUGGCUGACGCUCUUCCGGGAGUGGAGGAAAUGCUCCCUCCAUAGCAUGGACGUGGAGCUGGUGCAGAGAACGGUGUCCAAGUGGCUGCAUAUCCUCCUCGUUCUAGAAAAAGGUUUACCUAAAAACGACAUAGUGCCACACCUGAAGCAAUGUGUGACAGAUUUUAAACAAGAGCUGCCCAUCAUCAUAGCUCUGGGGAACCCGUGUCUGAAGCCCCGGCACUGGGAGGCUCUGCAGGAGGUGGUGGGGAGGUCCCUGGAUAAAAGCUGCACCGUGGAGAACGUGCUAGCCCUCAAGAUGUUUCAGUAUGAAAGUGAAAUAAAUGAAAUAUCAACCUCAGCAACUAAUGAAGCUGCUCUUGAAAAGAUGCUGUAUAAGAUCAUUGAUCUUUGGAACACAACGCCUCUGCAUUUAGUGAUGCACCACUCAGAGACUUACUCAAUCUUGGUAAUCUCAUCUGUGGACGAUAUUCUAGCUCAGCUAGAAGAAUCUCAAGUCAUUCUUGCAACAAUUAAAGGAUCUCCCUAUCUUGAACCAAUUAAGGAUCUUGUACGUAAAUGGGACAAAAAUUUAAAUCUCUUUUCUUACACUCUUGGAGAAUGGAUGAAUUGUCAAAGAAGCUGGCUUUACCUUGAACCAAUCUUUCAUUCUGUAGAAAUACAAAGGCAGCUCCCAGCAGAAACAAAGCACUUCUCCAUGGUGAUCUCCAUGUGGAAGGAAUUAAUGUCAAAAGUGCAGAACAAGCUAGAGGCCUUGCGAAUAACCACUUCCGCAGGAGUCCUGGAAGUGCUGCAGAACUGCAACAUGCAUCUUGAGACUAUAAAGAAAAGUCUGGAGGAUUACCUUGAAGUUAAAAGAAUGAUUUUCCCAAGGUUUUACUUUCUCAGCAAUGCUGAGCUUCUCGAUAUACUGGCUGACAGCAGGAAUCCUGAGUCUGUGCAGCCUCAUCUUGUGAAAUGUUUUGAAAAUAUAAAACAAGUAUUGAUCUGGAAAGAAGAAAUUGGACCCCCUGCUGUAAAAAUGCUCAUAUCUGCAGAAGGAGAGGGUCUUCUGCUGCCCAAGAAAAUCCGCGUAAGAAGUGCUGUGGAACAAUGGCUGUUAAAUGUGGAGAAAAGCAUGUUCGAUGUGGUGAAAAAGUGAUGUUUUAAUUUAAAAUGAAAUGUAUUUCGACUCAUUUGCCUUUUUCAGGGCCAGAUCAUGUUUCAUAAUGAUUGUAUCAGAAGCUUUGUGAGUUCUAAUCCAAGAGAAGAGCUGGAGAAAGUCCAUGUUGCUGUGAUUUGGCAUCUGAAAGAAGCUGCAGAGCUGAUUGGGUUGAAUACUAGUAAUUCUCGAACGAAAACUGUGCUGGAAGCAUUGCUUACCCACUACGUUCACAGCAGAGAUAUUGUGAUGGAUUUACUACUUAAAAAUAUAUUCAAUGCAGAGGAUUUUGAGUGGUCAAGACAUUUGCAGUAUAAAUGGAAUGAAAAACAAAAGCUGUGCUACGUUAUGCAAGGCAACACCAGUUUUACUUAUGGAUACGAGUACUUGGGGUGUACCCCAAGGCUGGUCAUCACACCCCUCACGGACAGGUGCUGGCUGACAUUCUUGGGAGCACUGAGCCUGAACCUAGGUGGCUGCACUGCUGGCCCUGCUGGAACAGGAAAAACGGAAACUGUUAAAGAUCUGGCCAAGGCCUUAGGUAAACACUGUGUAGUGUUCAGCUGUUUUGAAGACUUGGAUUAUAAGGUACUGGGAAAAUUCUUCUUUGGCUUGGUUCAGUCAGGAGCCUGGUGCUGCUUUGAUGAAUUCAACCUAAUUGAUGUGGAAGUCCUCUCCGUCAUUGCCUCUCAGAUCCUGGAAAUCAAGGCAGCAAAAGACAACUAUUCCAUCAGGUUUGUGCUGGAUGGAAGAGAAAUACGCAUGAACAUGUCCUGUGCAGUGUUUAUCACCAUGAACCCUAGGUAUGGCGGUCGAGUGGAGCUCCCAGACAACCUAAAAUCACUGUUCCGCCCUAUAAUAAUGAUGAUACCUAACUUCCAAAUGAUUACUGAAGUAAUACUGUUUUCAUUUGGCUUCAAGUCUGCAAAAGUACUCUCUGGGAAGGUAGUUCAUCUUUAUGAAUUAGCUAGCAAGCAGCUUUCACAGCAGGAUCAUUAUGAUUUUGGCAUGAGAUCUUUGAAGACAGUUUUAAUAAUGGCAGAAAAGAAGAAGCAGGAAUUUAAACGUCUUUGUGAAGCUGAGGAAACCGUGGUCAUGAUCAAAGCCAUCAGAGAAGCCAGUCUAUCAAAGUUUCCUCCUGAAGACGUCCCACUUUUCGAAAAGAUUAUAGCAGAUAUUUUUCCUGAAGUGCAAGUUUCGAAAGAAAGCCACCCUAGCUUGGAGAAAGCAAUAAGCAUUUCAACAAAACUAUUAGGCUUUCAACACUGGCCACCUCAGAAAGAGAAGAUCAUACAGUUUUAUUUUCAACUACAGGCUUGCGUGGGUGUGAUGUUAGUGGGUCCAACAGGUGGAGGAAAGACAGCAGCCAGAAAAAUUUUAGAAAAAGUAUUAAUAUUGUUACCAAUUAUAGACACCUUAUCAAUCACAGAGAGGCGAUCUACUUCAAAGAUUCCAGGAAGAAAAGGAAAAGUAGAUAUUUGUGUUUUAAAUCCAAAGUGCAUUACUCUUGGUGAGCUAUUUGGACAACUAGAUCCUAACACUAUGGAAUGGACUGACGGGUUAUUAACAGCAGCAAUUCGAAGUUAUGUGUGUUUGAAUAGUGAAAGCUACUCAAAAAAUGAUGGUGGUCCUGAACUAAAGUCAGAAACUUUAUCAGUUUUCCAACUUGAUUCCUCUGAUACAACAGAUACUGAUAAGUUUGUGAAUAAUACAGAGAAAAAUGUUAAAAUUAGAGAAGAUCACAACAUUCUAUGUUUUAUUUUGUAUCAGGACCCUGUUGACCUGGGAUGGGAGCCUUAUGUUCAGACAUGGCUUUUGAAAACUGCUAAUAUUAUGAGUCAAUCAGGAGUGAACUGUCUUGAAUUAUUGAUUAAAAAAAGUGUCCCAGAGGGUCUGCGAUUUAUAAAGAAAUUUCAGAAAUUCCAGCCCUUCCCUGUGCACAGCAUAACAGCCGUUACAACCCUGUGCAGAAUUCUUGAUUCUUUCUUUGAAUUCAUGAAUACAAAAGGAGGCUUUGGACAAGAUGAUAAGAAUUACAAGAAUGACACUGCAGCUGAGGAGCCAAAAGCUCCCACAAUCAAGUUCAAGGAUGAGAGGAGAAGCAGCUAUUCCACGGAUGAAAGUGCAUGGUUUCUGGAGAAAAAUCCAGAUAAAUUAGCAAUAAUGCUCCAAAAGCUUUUUGUAUUUGCAUUUACCUGGGCCUUUGGAGGAACUUUAAAACGUGAAGAUGAGCAUGAACACGAUGUAAUAUUUCAUUCAACAUUUGGAAACAAUUCACUUGCAGAAGUAACCUAUAAUUUUGAUAGCCUUGUUCGUGAAAUAUUUGAACACGAUUCACAUAGAGAGUUAGGUAUCAAUCUACCAAUUGGUGACCGGUCUAUCUUUGGAUAUUUUGUCGAUAUACAGCAAUGUGAAUUUGUACCUUGGUCAGAGUUAGUUCCUAGUGUUCAUACACUAAUUCAUAAAGGAACAUCACUGCUGAGUGACCUCCAAGGAGCCAGCGAGAACAUCCUGAUGGAGUACGGAGGGUGGAUUACCCACACCGCCACCAGGGACACCACCUGCCUCACCUUCCUCAUGAGCCUGCUCCUGCGGAGCUCCAGCCCCGUGCUGCUCGUAGGCGAGUCUGGUGUUGGGAAAACGGCGACCAUUAACCAAAUGCUUGAGAAGUUAGAAGCCCCAGGAGCACUGGAUAUCAAAUAUGGGUCAAUCUUAGGAGAUGUCCUAUUACAUAAUGAAAUUAAAAAGUCAAGGUUUCUAAAGCAAAAUCUCAGCAUCCUGAUCUCCAAGACUCACAAGAAGGAGGGCGGAAGCCCAGAUGCUACCACUAAGAAGCUCGAAGGUAGCCCUGAUGACAGUUCACUUAAAGGAAUUACAGCAACCACAAUAAACUUCAGCGGCAGUCUCACAGCCACCAAAAUCAAGGAGAUGAUUCUUAAGAAAUUAGUAAGAAGAAAGAAAGAUACCCUCGGAGCCCCUAAGAACAACAAGGUUGUAGUAUUUAUUGAUGACAUGAACACGCCAGCAUCAGACCCAGGCGGGAGGGCGCAGCCGGCCCUGGAGCUGAUCAGACAGCUGUUGGAUAUGGGAGGGGUUUACGAUACCGAGCAGAACACGUGGAAGACUAUUCAAGAUCUUUCCAUAAUUGCUUCCUGUGUCCCUGCAUCUGGUCGGCGUGACAUUAGUCCACGCCUCCUCAAACACUUCACCACGCUGGUGCUGCCUCACCCCCCACAAAAUGCCUUACUGACGAUUUUCCAGGCUCAUUUGGGAAUCUAUUUCUCCAACAAUGGCUUUGUGUCUGACGUUCAGAGAUGUAGGGAGCAGAUAGCGUCUUGCUCCCUGGCUGUGUACUACUUUGUGUGUAAGACUAUGUUACCAACGCCAGCAAAAUGCCACUACACGUUCAACCUCCGAGACAUGUUUAAGCUUCUCCUAGGAUUGCUGCAAGCUGACAAGAAUGUCAUCAUCAGCCCAGAGAUGGCCGCGAGGUUCUUCAUUCACGAAGCCACCCGAGUGUUUCAUGAUCGCUUAAUCGAAGCCACUGAAAAAUGCCUCUUCCAUCAGGCUCUUUCAAAGGAACUCGAGAACUAUUUUCAGACUGAGUGGAAUUACCAAAAGCUAGUGGAUGACUCAACUGUAUUCGUGGACUUCUUGGAUAUCAACAAGCCUCAUAGAAAAAAGGCCUAUCAGAAUACCAAUGACUAUGGGAAACUUGCCAGUGUGCUUAAUGAUUUCCAAAUGAAGUUAAGUUCUACGCCUUUGGAGGUCUCUCACCCCAUGGUGUUUUUCAAGGAAGCCAUUGAACACAUUGCAAGAGUUACAAGAGUGCUCAGACAGCCAGGGAGCCACAUGCUCCUGAGAAUAUUUAAAAACCUGCACAUCUGCCUGGUCAUGAGUCCUGCAGGGUCUCAGUUUCGCCAGACCUGCCGACGGUAUCCGUCCAUGGUUAACUCGUGUACCAUCGACUGGUACCAGAGGUGGCCUGAAGAAGCUCUCCUUCUGGUGGCCAACUCUUACCUAAGGGAGAAAGUGAACUUAAAGCACAGACAGCACUUAAGAGAAAGAUUUGCCCUAACGUGUGUCCAGAUCCACAAAAGUGUAAGAGACUUGUGCACACAAUACCUUGAAGAAACUAAAAGGCACUACUAUAUCACUCCUAGUAGCUAUUUACAGUUCAUGGAAACGUUUGUACAUAUUUUGAGGUCACAAGAAGAGGAGAUGGAAAGAAAGAGGAAGCGUUUCUCUGUGGGUCUGUCUAAGAUCCUGGAAGCAACCUCACUAGUUAAAGAUAUGCAGGAGGAACUCUUGAUUAUUGGCCCUCAAAUAGAGCAAAAAACAAAGGAAACAGAAACCCUAAUGGAAAAACUACAGAAAGACUCACAAGUAGUUGAAAAAGUUCAGAUGCUUGUUAAACAGGAUGAAGAGAUUAUGUCCGAAGAAGUAAGGAUUGUGGAAGAUUACGCUCAGAAAACUGCCAAUGAGCUAAGAAGUGUGAUGCCAAUCUUAGAAAAGGCUGUUGAGGCUCUAAAUUCGUUGGAUAAAGUUGAUGUUGCUGAGUUAAGGGUGUACACACGCCCACCCUUCCUCGUACUAACUGUCAUGAAUGCAGUGUGCAUCCUGCUUCAGAAGAAGCCCAACUGGGCCACAGCAAAGCUGCUGCUCUCAGAGACUGGUUUCCUGAGGAGACUGACUAACCUGGACAAGGACAGCAUUCCUGAUAAGGUUUUUCUGAGACUGAAGAAGAUUUUAAGCCUUCCUGAUUUCAACCCAAGCAAGGUCGCCCUGGUCUCCAUGGCUUGCUGCUCCAUAUGCCAGUGGGUCAUAGCUCUGAACCACUACCACGAGGUGCGGAAGGUAGUGGGCCCUAAACAAAUCCAAGUCGCUGAGGCGCAAAAUGUCCUUAGAAUUGCAAGGCAAAGACUGGCUGAAAAACAAAAAGGUGUACAGCUGGUCCGCCUGUGGCACAGCCAGGGGCUGCCCCUCGGGCAGCACGCGGCCGAGAACGCCGUCCUGAUCCUGCACAGCCCGCGCUGGCCGCUGCUGAUGGACCCGCACCGGCAGGCCUGCGCCUGGAUCCGCGCGCUGGAGGGCGAGCGCCUGCAGACGCUCUCGGCGCUGGACAGCGCGCACAUGCGCAAUCUGCAGCACGCCAUUAGCACGGGCGGCAGCGUGCUCCUGCAGGACGUGCCCGAGGCGAUGUCGGUCGGCCUGAAGGCCGUGCUGAAGAAGGACGUGUUCCAGAGGAGGGGGCAGGACUUCAUCCGCGUGGACGGCUCCGACGUCGAGUACAACAUGAAGUUCAAGUGCGCUCGAUGGCUCAGGUGCAUAUUAGAUAAUGAAGAGAUUGUAGAUAUUUUAAAAAAGUGUAAAAUGACAUCAAACGAAAUUACAAAACGCAUCAAAGCAACGGAAAAGGCGGAGAGUGAACUCCAAGCAGCCCGGGAGCAGUACCUGCCCAUCGCCACGCGGGGAACCCUGCUCUACUUCCUGGUGGCCGACCUCGCCCGGCUCGACUACAUGUACCAGUUCUCCCUGUCCUGGUUCCGGGAGGUGUUUGUUUCUUCGGUAACUUCCAAAAGCGAAGAACAAGAAAUUGAUGUGAAGCAGGAGACAGUGCCUCCAGAUGGGAUUGCAAGUCUAACAACACUAGCUGGCCUGGAACGCAGGGACCGCAACAUAUACAAGCAUAUCAAACACACAAUGGAUGCGCUGACAAGAAAUGUGUUUAAGGUUGUUUCUUCCACUUUGUUUAAUCAACAUAAACUCUGCUUCUCCUUCUCACUGUGUACUACGAUCAUGAAAAAUAAUGCUGAUGGAAACUGGCUGAGUGAUCUCGGGUCUCUGCCAGAGGAGGAAUGGAACAUCUUUUUAUAUUCUGGCAUACUGAUAGAUAUUAAAAGUAUAUUGCCCACACCUGGACUUGACAACGUGUUUGAGACCUGCAAAACGCAACAUCUUCAGUGGCUGGCCCCCUCCAGAUGGAAGCAGUGCCAGUACGUGGGCCAUCACCUGGGGGCGUUUGCGCUCCUCUGCCGGUCCCUCCUGUCGGAUGCCCCGCAGUGGGAGGCCUUCAGGAAGAGCAGGACGGUGUACUCGCUGCUGAGCAUGCCCUUCUCCUCAAAGGAUGGCUCAUCCCAGGAAAAUGCUCGUGAAGCACGUAGGGAGUGUGGGGAGACGUGGUUCCCGGGGCUGCGCUGCUGGAGACAGGCAGGGGCGGUGCACGCCAACGCCGGCUGGAAAUCUAGAUGUGAUGGGAAAAGACAGCGAAUGAUGGUGGAAGAACAUUUGCAGGCUUUGCAGGCAUCCUACAAAGACACUGUCGCUGAACAAGAGCUCUUAGCGAACCGGAGGACACUGGCCACCAGGCGCUUGCAGUGUGCGGCCGUCCUCCUGAGCGUGCUGGGGGAGGAGAAGAUACGAUGGCAGGAAACGAUUGAGCAGAUUGACUGCAAGCUGGAAGGGACGCUGGGGGACACGCUUCUGGCCGCGGCGUGCAUUGUCUACAGUGGGGCCUUGACACCCGAGUUCCGGCAGCUGAUCAUCAGUAAAUGGGAGAGUUUCAGCAUGGAAAACAACAUCUCCAUUUCUUCCAAGUUCUCCUUACCGGACGUGAUGGCACAAAAGAAUGAG